GAGAGUGUUGCAUGAUUGCAUGUCAUGACGUCAGUCAGAGUCAGAGAGUCUCACAGACAGGACAGGUUGCUAUACAGAGUGAUCGACACACCGACGAGUCAGUCGCAAUGAAUAAAUGUACCCGCCCCCCUCCCUCCCCGUCUCUCUCGGACUAGACUAGACUACUCUCCUGGUGUUGUAAGAACCACAACUGGGGUUCUGACACUUCAAACCUGACAUAACCACACACACACACGACCACAGAGAGAGAGAGAGAGAGAGAUCUAAGGCACUAGUCAAUGUCCCCAGUCAGUCGUCUGCGUCUGUCUGCGACUGACUGACCGAAGAAGUGGAAGGGGGUGGUGGAGGGCCGCGAGCAGUCAUUGCCUGACAGAUGGGAUGGACAGGAUGGGACACACAGACAUCAAUCACAUCGGACCAUCCCACACUGUCAUGGGAUGGCCAUGACGCUAGCUCGUAGCCUCUGCGGUGCGCUACCCACAUGUGAUCAUGACGUCCGCUCGGUACUCGUCCUGCAUGGGGGUGUUCCGGACUUGUCUGCAGACCAGACAGACAACAAAACGAUAUAUGAAUGGUCCACACACAUACUUAACUGACAUCCACGUCAGUCAUUUCGUCCGCCUUGCCUUGUCUGUCUUUUGCGCUUACUCGUCCAGCUGCUGCCAUAGUGAGUCGUUGCUCAUAAUGGACGCGCUGCCUAAUUGAACGGACACACACACAUACACACACACAACUGAGCGUGGGGCGUGUCGGGUGUAAUGCCCACAUGACACACAAAAUGGCUUACAGAGAGGGCAGCGAAGCGACGACAGGCCCGAGAAAUCCGACGUUAACCGAGUGAGGCACUCCUGUAAAGGACACACCACAUGCCAUGCGAUGCGCCUCAAUCAACGGACAGACACCCUCCUAGUGCGGUGACCGCACCGGACCUGGUGGAUGGUGUGUCCGCAGUUUCUGAGUAUGGUGACGACCCGCGUGGAGUUGAACAGAUUCUCCAGGCACACGGGGCAGUCCUGAUGCAUCGCACGCUCUGACAGAUAGAUACCACACACACACACACGGCGAAUGGCACUGGUCGGUCAGUCAGUGUCUGUAGCCCCCCUGCCGUCUUGGUUCGUACCGAUGCACUUGUGUGUGUCCCGUAUGCUGACGGGGUAGCAACUGCCGCACGUGUCGCAGUGAAAGAAAUUCUCACGACCUGAUUGAUUCGAUUCAGACACACAAAGACCGACCACAUACAUCUGAUAUAUCCUGUCCACACAGGCAAACGUCACAAUGGACAUACACACACAAAGUCGCUCACCUCCAACGCGACAGAUGCCACACCGAUCGCAGUGAAAGGUCUGCAGCCAGCCAACCAACCAACCAGCACCAACAACAAGCCAACCCACGUCACAGGUAGGUGUGUUUUAAUGUCGUCUGUGUGUGUGUGUGUGUGAGCGCCCAGCCCAUUGAUCGCGUUUCUUUGUUGCUUGCACACCUGUUUCUGAUGUGCGCCGUCGUCCCAAAGGUGGCACUUAUCGCAGUAGUAGGAGCUGAAGGGCUGCUUGCACUUGACACACGACGGCCCUGCCGGCUGCCGCUCACUGCACCGCAUACAAACCACCUCACGCAGCCUGAACCGGUCCAACUCGCUGAGUGACACAGACAGACAGACAGACAGACAGACAGAUGGGUGGGUGUGGUGGUGAUUGACUGAUUGAUGCUCACUGUUGCUGGUCAGGCGGCGUAUCGCCGCCGUUUUUGACUGCGUUGUGGCAGUGUCUGCACCAGAACACCUCAUCGCACUCCGGACACACCACCUUGCAUGCCCGCUGCAUCCAAACGCCCAGCCAGCCACCCGCAGAACACACACACACACACAACAACCGCAUACAAACAGACAGACAGGCAGCGGCGAAAGGGAGAGAUAUGAGGCGGUAUUCUUGAUGUCUGGCGCUGUGCUGGUAGCGUGUGUACCCUGUAGUGUGUGCAGCCCAGCGGCGUUGCUGACGGUGGCUGUGGCUCUUCAGCCAUAGCUUGAGCCAUAGUCUCGCGAAGGAAAAGGGCGGCCUCUCAAGGACAACUCUCGACUGAUAGCGAUACCAAUACGCAUGGCGAGUGUUGGUGUGAC